CUCGGCGUGCUCGGGCUCGGGGGGGCCUCGCGCGGCGAACACGGACAGUGUUGAGAAACGUCCGGAUUGUGCCGUACCGUGACGAUUGUGGUAGCGUGUAGCUCGCGUACACCGUCUCGCUCGCCUCGCUCGCCUCGGCCGGCCGCGGGUUGGGACCCCGUGGUUGGGUCCGAUGGAAAUUUCCGUCUUCGGCCGUGGCCGAGAGCAGCAGCCUACCUCGUGCUCCCGCCGACUCGCGGCGAGGAUACCCAGGAUGCUGGCGCGUCGGCGAACGUCGUGCAAAGUGUCGGGCGUUCGCACGUAAGGGAGGAGUGUGGGACAGAGACACUGGUCUUCGGUAUCCUUCGUCUCGCCGCUCGUCGAUAAUGCCGCGGCCCUCGCGCGAUACCUACGGCGAUCAGAAACCGCCGUACUCCUACAUAUCGCUCACUGCGAUGGCGAUAUGGUCCUCGAGGGACAAGAUGCUGCCGCUCGCCGAGAUUUACAAAUUCAUCGCCGAUCGCUUCCCGUACUACAGGAAGGACACGCGGCGAUGGCAGAACUCCUUGAGGCACAACUUGUCCUUCAACGACUGCUUCAUCAAGGUACCGCGCGGUCCGCAUCGGCCGGGAAAGGGAGCCUAUUGGGCAUUGCAUCCCGCCGCAUUGUCCAUGUUCGAGAACGGUUCGCUUCUUCGCCGACGGAAACGCUUCAAGCUGCACAAGCCGGACAAGGAGCUGCUCAAGUCCGAGCUGCAGGCGCUCGCCUCGGCGAUGCCGCCGCCGCCGUUGCCACCUCCACCGCCGCCGCCGCCUCCGCCGCAACCGCAGCCCAAUGGGCUUAGUCUGGCGAAUCUCCAUCGCUUGCGGGACGAUCUGCUCCGAUGGGAGAUACAGGAGAGGCGAAUGAUGGUCGCCACCGCCUCGAACCACGGCGACUUCGCCGGCGCGGCCGGCUUCGGCCGGUUCGACGGUACCGCUGGCCUGCCGGCUGGACCAACCGCGCCGGAAGCCGUCACCGCCGGCUACUAUCUACUGUCACCCGAAGUGAGACAGAGACUGGCGGGCGGUGCCACCGACGGCGGUAACGAGAUUCUGAGGACGUACGAGGCCGCCGCGUUGCUGCACUCCGCCGCUUCCUGGAACUUCCCCGGUUUCCCGACGGUCUCGCCGUCGUACGCGGUGUCGCAGCUGCCGUAUAUCCAGCAGACCCCCGCCAGUAGGCAGGCCAUCCAUCCGACGCGGGAGAUGCGAGAGAUGCGAGAGAUGCGGGACGAACGCCGUCUGUCGAGCGACCGCGCGCUGGACAACGGACCGGUCAUCGCCGCCAGCACCGGCAGAGAAAGCGAGACGGUCUUCACGGGUGAGAAUAGUUACGAGCUCACGGGCUACAACCGCGACAAACUCGCGGAGGAGGAGCCGCUCUCGUCGUCCUCGUCCUCGUCCUCGUCCUCCAGGAUGAAUCUCUAUCGAGGUGCCGCUCUGACCACCGCCGCUUCAUCGCCGCCGACCUCGCCCACCUCGCCAAACUCGCUCGCGUCCAAGUCGUCCUAUCGCCACCUGUCGCCAAUCUCGAGCCUGGCGGUGGAGGUUGAGCGAACGCAGUUGCCCUCCAAUCGCGAGGACCAGGUUGUCUUGACCGCGACAAACACGGAGAAGAGGGUUAAGAAACCGUUCACUAUCGAGAACAUUAUUGCGCCCGACGACAACGAGGGUAGCGGCGACGGUGGUAGUGGUGGUGUCGGUGUCGGUGUUGGUACUGGCGACGAGGAAACCUCGAGGCUCACUGACGAGCCGAUCGCGAAAAAGUCCUCGCUCCUCGUGCCGAGACCGCUCUAUGCCGGGUACUCGAUGUCGAUCGCAACCACGGGUGUUCAGAGGCCGUCUUACGGCACCGCCACUUGAACUCUGUUCGCUGUCUCGAUCGAAGGGAUUAGCUGAACAACGCGAGAAUCCAUGACGCGUCUUGGAAACGUCUGACGGAUGUUUUCACAAAGAUGCCGAGCGUGCUUUCGACGCCUCUAUCGUGUCUCCUGGAUGUAUCUGUGCGUGCCUGCGUGUGUGUGCGUGUGUGCGCGUAUACACUCCACCUUCAUUUACCUGAAAUCCUGCGGAAAGUGACUGGUCCGCGUUAUCACCGCAGCUAUAUCCAGAUCGGAGCACAGCGUUCGUAUACACGUACGAAGCGGAAAGUCCCCAGUUAUCUUAUUUCGAAUUCUGUUAGAUACGCGAAGGUGUAAUGUAUUUACGAGAAUGCGUCCGCGAGAAGAGAUUCGCAGAACUCGCUCUUUACUAUUGACUUUUCGAGAUCUACACUGUCUUGUUCGACGCGACAAAAUUCAAAGACGAUCACGGACGCUUUUCUAUUCGAUCGCGAUCGAUCGAACGUAAUUGCUGCGAUUUUCUGUCCAACUCACCGCGAGUCGACGCGAAUCAACGUGAUGCAAAUGUAGGGAGACAUCGUAGACAACGUUAGUUCCUCGUUUCGUAAAGAUCGUCCUUCUCGGGAAGGUCUUUGCUCGCUAAUAUUGGUUUUCGUCUCGUGCGCCGCGAGAGUCGCUUGGUCUGUAAACUUACAAACUGUCCGCGAGCAGUUAGCUAGACUUAUCGUAAUUUACGUACGAGCGCAAAGGUGAUCGAUUAUAUUGUUAACCGCGGUACCCCGAAUCGGCAGUAGCGCGCGACAUUGUGCACAAAGAUAAGUAACAAUUAUCGCUCCAAGUUGCGUCGCGGCUUUCGCCUGUGUAAUUAACUUAAUUAGACGAUCUCUAAACGAUUAGGCGCGGACGCGGGCGCGAGCACAGCUAUACCGAUAUUAGGUUCAGCACAUAAAAUUAACAAUAUGGAGCUAACUUUGAAGAUUCGUGUAUAAAUAUGAAUUUCAAAGUUGGUUUUGUGCCGUGUAACUAUUUAAUUGGAAUCUUUUAUACAAAAGGAAUACAAAAGGAAAGCCGGUUUUAAUUUUCGUCACUUCAACGAGUCUACAAAAUUCUUGCGCGCCUUUUGGAAAUAUUUAUAUGGGAAAAUCUACGUGCUAUUUAUUUUUUUUUUAAUAAUCUAUAAAGCCACGAGAAAACAACGAAUAUACAUUGCUCACAUAUUUAUUCAUCUGUCUUUUUGUAAAAAUGUAAAUAUAUUUAUAGAUUAAUAUAACUAACUUAUUAAUAAUUAAAUUUUAAGCAAACCAAAAACCGUCGGUUUGAAAAGUAGAUUAAGAUUUACAUCGUAAAUUAUUUUUGUAACAUGAAUCUCUGUCGAACAUUCUCUCUUCUCGUUAAACAAAAUUCUUAACAAAACUAUAUAUUUUACUUUCACGAAAUAGAUACGAAGGUGCUUGAUUCCUUUUCUAUAGAAAAUGUCCAAUUAAUAGUCUCGAUAUUAAUUCCGUAAAAUUUGAAACCGCAUCGUUAUCCAGACUCUUGAGCAUUGCCACCAAAUGCGUUUCCUUGCGUAAUGUACCGUCGAUUAAAUUAUAAGCCUUGCAUCUCUGGAAACAAGAGACUGCUCGUUACAUUCGCAUCCAUCUAUGUAUAUUCUGUACUCGUACUCGCUCGAGCAAAAACGAUUUGUAAAUGUAGAAACGAUUCGUAGCGAAAUAAAUUAUUGUAUAUACGUAGAAUAACGAUAUAAA